AUGCCCAAAUCUAAACGUGCCCAACGUGUAACGAUCUCGAAAUCAUCGAAAAAAUUGAAAGCGAAUCGUGGUCUUGAAUUAAAACAAGAAUUGGUGAAAAAAAUUCGUACACGUCUCGAUGAAUGUUCACAUCUAUUUGUCGUUCGUCUUUAUAAUGAACGUACAGAUAAAUUACAAACCGUGCGUGCACAUUUUCCACGAUCAGAAUCAUCAUAUUUUUUCUUUGGAAAAAAUCGCGUUAUGCAAUUAGCUCUUGGACGAACACCAGCAACGGAAUAUUUACCAUCAUUAGCAAAAAUAUCUCCAUAUCUUGUUGGUAAAAUGGGUUUAAUGUUAACAAAUCGAAGUCCACAAGAAGUUUUAGAAUAUUUUAAUAAAUUAGAAAUGGAAGAUUAUGCCAGAGCAGGAAAUCGUGUUAAAGAAACGGUGAUCAUUGACGAAGGACCAUUAGAUGGUUUUCAACACACAAUGGAACCUUUAUUACGAUCAUUGGGAUUGGCAACAACAUUGAAAAAGGGUAUUAUUCACUUAAUUAAACCUUUUACAAUCUGUAAAAAAGGUGAUACAUUAACACCAGAACAAGCGAAAUUAUUAAAACUAUUUCAACAUCCUUUGGCACAAUUCAAAAUCAAAGUGAAACUUCAUUGGGAUAAAAAAACUGAACAUGUUCAAGUUUUCGAUUUACAAGAAAGCGAUGAAGAAGACAACAAUGAUGAACAACAAGAAAUCGAUGACGAUAAUGAUGAAGAAAUGGUUGAACAAGAUGACGAAGAUAAUUAA